AUGACUAUUCAAGCUGAAUGUAUGUAUUUGACAAGUCCACUUGAAUGGAAUGAAUUCAAUCCGAAUACUUUCGAUGGUUUCUACUAUAAUUCAACAAAGUCAAUUCCACUGACUGAUCUACAUAUGAAACGUUUAUUUUUCUCUGAUUUUCCACCACGAAAUACUUCCACCGUUAAACACAUUAUCAACUAUUGGCUUUUAAAUGGUGGUGGUGGUUCACAAUACGGAAUGGAAACGUUUGGUGUAUCGAUGUUGAAACAAAUUAUUUUAAAUAAAUAUCAUCAAACAUAUCCUCAAACACAUCCAAUAAUGUAUCUAUUCCAAUAUAGAGGAGCAGGUUUGAGUGAACCAUCGAUUCAUUGUUAUACAGCAACAACAUGGAUUGAUUGUGCUAAAGAAUUGAUUCAAACAACUGUACCUACUUCUGUCAAUGAAUCAUUAAAAAUAAUCAAUGCUAUGACAAAUCAAAAUAUUGCACAAGAUUUACAAUAUCAAGUUCAAUAUUCAAUCAAUCAAUCACAACCAUUAUCUCCGACAUCGACUUAUAUCUAUGGAUUAAGUCAAGGUACAGGCAUUAUUCAAUAUUAUCUAUCAAUUCAAUCGAUCAAUUCUCAAUUACAACCUAUCAAUGGAAUAAUUCUCGAUGGAAUAAUGUCGAUAAAAAAAUCGGAUGUCUUUCAAAAUCAAAUCAAAUCAAUCAAUAAUCGAUUUUAUUUAUAUUUAUCUAAAUGUCAAAAUGAUAUAUUCUGUGCAACGACUUUUAAACAUGUUACUGGUACUGAUGAAGAUAUUAUAACUGCUACAUUAACAUUACAAAUGCUUUUCUUGACUAAUUUGACAAAUCCUAUGUGCACGACUAAUUUAGGAUUGAAUAAUUGGAAUUUAUUUACUAUUAUUGCUAGUCAAAGUAUUGAACUUAUUUCUAUUCGUCCACUUGCUGCAGUACUUAUUGCACGUCUAUAUCGUUGUUCAGUCGAAGAUCAACGAGUUUUAUCUCGAACAUUGCCAAUUCUAAUUGCCUUGGCAGAACAAUCGUUAACACCAAAAUUAGUCGAUCCACCUAGUGUAUAUCCAGAUGAUGGAAAUGUUUUAAGUAUAACAACAAUUUGGAGUGAUUUUGUUGGUUUCACAUUAGAUGAAAAUUUCAAAACAAAUGCUAGUUUUUUCAAUGAUUUUUGCAUCAAUAGUGGUAUUACCAAUGAAUUUUAUUUAGCACCAACAGGUCCAAUGCCAGUGUGUCGUGAAAUACAGCAAUCAAAAUACAAUUAUACUAUUCCAUCCGUAUUUACUGAUAUUUUAUAUACGAAAAAUCCUCGUUAUUGGGGACAAUUUCAAGUUAAUCCACAAAUAUUUCGAUCGAACAAAAGUGGUGUAUUACUAUUGAAUGGAGAUUUAGAUUACAAUUCACCAAUGUACACAGCACAACAAACUCAAAAAUGGUUUCAAUCUGAACAAAUUCGUACAAAAUUAAUCGAAAUGAAAGGUUUAACUCAUGUUACGGGUGUACAAUCGUAUACUAAAAAAGAUGGAUUUCAAUCAACAACAUGUACAGAUCAGAUUAUCGUUCAAUUAUUGUAUCAACAGGAAUUGAAUUUAGAUUUAGACACGAUAAAUUAUACAUGUAGUUUGAAAGAAAAUUUAAUUAGUAUUGAUUGGAUGUGUUCGAAUCCUAUCGUCAAUCAAACAUUGUACAGAUUAUUUGGUAAUUCAACUACAGAUUACUGGGGAAUAAAUGAAACAUCUGAUUAA